AUGCUGCGAACGGCCACUCUGUGCUUGCUCCUUUGGGAGGCCUCGUGGACACUCGGCGCCCCCACCAGCCAUCCCAGGCAGAAGGUCCUGCUCGUGUCCUUUGACGGCUUCCGCUGGGAUUACGACCGCGACGUUGACACGCCCCACCUGGACCGCAUGGCUCUCGACGGCGUCAAAGCUGACUACGUGACUCCGCCGUACCUCACAAUCACUAGCCCCACACACUUCACGCUCCUUACAGGUCGCUACAUUGAGAACCAUGGCGUGAUCCACAACAUGUGGUUCAACACCAGCAGCACGGAGAAGAAGCCAUACUACCAGACCCAGUUUGUCAACGAGUGGUGGGACAAUGGCACGCUGCCCAUCUGGAUCACGGCUCAGAAUCAGGGUCUGAAGUCUGGUUCCCUUCACUUUCCUGGCACGGCGUCCAGCUACCAGGGCCAGACGGCAACGGUGCGCGAGGUGGAGCCACUUUUGUACAACUACAAAAAUGAGACGGCAUGGCGUCAGAACGCCGACAAGGUGAUGAGUUGGUUCCGCAACCUGGAUCUGGACUUUGUGUCACUUUACUUUGGCGAGCCAGAUGGCACCGGGCACCGCUACGGCCCGGACUCCCCUCAACGGCGCGCCAUGGUGCAGCAGAUUGACCGCACCGUGGGUUACAUCCACCAGUCGGCGGAACGCCACGGGCUGAGUGACGUCCUAAACAUCAUUAUCACCUCCGACCACGGCAUGACCACCGUGUACCGGAACGGACUGGUAGAGGAAAUCACUCUUUCCCAGAUUCCGGGGUUUUCCUUUGGGGAUGUGUCCUUCCACCUAGUGGACUUCGGGCCCUCGGGGAUGCUACUACCCAAGCCUGGUAAACUAGAGAAAGUGUACCAGGCGCUAAAGGGGGCGCACCCACACCUCCAUGUCUACAAGAAGGAAGAGAUGCCUGAGCGCCUCCACUUCUCCAACAACAGCCGCAUCCUGCCCAUCAUCUUGCUAGCUGAUACUGGAUAUGUCAUCAACGGAUACUUCCCAGUCCAGUUCAACAAGGGUGAGCACGGCUUCGACAACCAGGAAAUGGACAUGAAGGUUUUCUUCCGAGCAGCGGGGCCGGCUUUCCGCAAGGGCCUGAAGGUGGCCCCAUUCGACACAGUCCAUAUCUACCCGCUUAUGUGCCACCUCCUGGGAAUCCGGCCCGAAGUCAACGAUGGUCGCCUGGAGGCCACGGCCAACAUGCUACGAGAUAACCAACACCUACACGGCAAGCAUGUAAACCUCGGUCCAAACUUUGUCACCGGCUUGGCUGCAAUGACUGGAUUUCUUGCAGUCGUUUUUGUUGCUGUUAUGGCACGCACAAUGGUCAACGACAAACGACAUAAAAGAUCGACAUCUUGCAUGAAACCUGUAGAAGAGAUUCAACAGACUUCAUUUUGA